GCGAAGAAACCGCAGGCAAUCCCUAUUGGUUAUUUGCUUCCUUUGGUCCAUUCUUUCCCGUGUAAAAGACGCGAGAGCCAAACAGAGAAAAGAGACGACAAAAUGGAGGCAGCGUUAUCACAGCUAGAGCGAUUCCAGACUCAAAUCCUCGAACGAAUAUCGAAGCUAGAGUUUUCUCUCCUGCCUCAAAAUGCUGAACCUCCCCUUUCCUCAUCUCCUCUCACAAACGGCGACGUCAGAUCCGACGUCGAAGUUCGCCUCUUUAACAUUCUCCGAUCCAAUGGCGUCAACGGCUUCCUUUUCAAGAGAGUCCCCUCCGAUUAUUACGACUGGCCUCUCGAGUCCCGCCGCGACGUCCUCGGCGCCGCUUCUGUUCAUCAUCUUUGCAAAAGCAUCGUUUUGGUUAAUACUCAAGCCCAGUCCAAUGUAAUUGAUUGUAGUGAUCAAAACAAUUCAAAGUAUUAUGUUGUUGUUGUUCAGUAUACUGCUAGAUUCAAUGCCGAAACUGUCAAAAAUUUUCUCUACACGCUUAACAAUGGCAAGAUAUCAAAGAAGAAAUUUAACUUGAGGCUUGCUCCUGAGGAGACAUCAAUAAAGUUGACUGGCUAUGAGCACAAUGCAGUUACUUGCAUUGGUAUGCAAACUGACAUUCCAGUAAUUUUGGAUGAAGCUAUAGUAAAGCUUAAUCCUGAUUUCUUCUGGUUGGGUGGAGGAGAAGUUGAUUUGAAGCUUGGAAUCAGAACCUCUGAAUUUAUCAACUUUCUCAAACCUUUCAUUGUCAGCUGCAGUGGUGGUACUUGAUUACACCUACUGAAUCCAUAAACUAAAUAAGAAAGACAUUAUAACUCAAGACAAAUUAGUAAAGACUUGAGGAAAUGCCAUUACCACAGAAAUCCCACACGGUGGAGAAUUGAUGCUUCAGAUUUGUAGCACAAACUUUGGCUUUUUCCUUUUAUUGGUUUCUUUGGGUUAUUAAAAUUUUUAGGCAAAUUGUGCAAUUGGAGAUUUUAGUCCGCUUCUCCAUAUAUAGGCAAACCAUGUACCUGCUGAAUUUGUUGAUUGGAAUGAAAUUUUAAUUUCUUCGGGACAGCCUGAAAGUUCAGGUUUAGUUCUUUCUUGGUAAUAUGAUACAU